GAAUCGGAAUAUUUUUGGUUCAGCACCUGCUGUCAGAUCAAAACAGUCUAGGAAAAUUUAAAAUAAAUUUAAAAUUGCCAGUGUGGGGCUUAGGAAAAAGUAAAAAUUUAAAAUGCUGCAACUUUCGCGUUCUACAAAAUUCACCGGCGUUUGCGUGGCCGUCUAUGCGACCUAUGUCCUCUUCAUAUUCUUCCUGCUGCCCAUUCUGAUGCCGGAUCCGGUGACCCUGCAGCGGACAGUUUUGGCCCACAAGGCGCGUCAUUUGGGGGAUCUGAGCAACUUCACCCUAGAAGCGGGUGGCCAGCCCAUCCGUUCGAUGCUCGUUACCUUCCGGGGAUCGGGUGCCCUGACCCUGCUGGACAAUUUGGCCCACCAGCCCGGCUGCUACCAGCACUAUGCUCCGCUCAUGGCCCACGAGAGCCGCUUGAAUGCGGAGCAGGAGCACGAACGCGCUUUGGAGGAGCUGGAGGCGUUGUACAACUGCAACUACAACAAGUCUGAGCAAAUGAUUCUCUGGGGAAAGCGAUCCACUGUCUUUCGACGCUUCUACGGAGCCCAGGCAAAAAUGUGUCAGACGUACAGCGAGGAGAUCUGCUGGAAUCCGGAGACGAUGGCCGCCGUUUGCAAGCUCUAUCCGUUCAUCAACAUGGCGGUCUACAACUUGCGCCUGAAGUUCUUGGCCCCGCUCUUGGAACGCGAAGGACUAAAUUUGCGAAUGCUGCUUAUCGUCCGAGAUCCCCGGGGCACUAUGUAUUCCCGUACAAAUAACAAAUGGUGCACGAUUGAAAAGGAUUGCGAGGUGAGGACCCUCUGCAACGAUAUGGUCAGCGAUCACCAGAUGAUUGAGACGCUACAGCGAUCUUAUGCACAGCGAUUCAGCGUUAUGCGUUAUGAGGACUUGCUUUUGCAGCCCGAGGAGAGUAUCAAGCUGGCAUUCGACUUCUUCGGCGUGCCAUUGAGGCGCCCCAGGACCAGUUCCCGAGGGGUCCAUCCGCGCAGUGGUCUUGAGGCCGAGUCCUUCGGUUGGGACAUUCGUUGGAGGUACUCCAACCCGCCCGCCCACGAGUGGAUGAGCAAAAUGAAGGUGGCCGAUAUAAAGGCCGUGCAGGAUGUAUGUGUUGAGGCCAUGGACUUGUGGGGCUAUCGCUUAAUCCAGGACUUUGAUCACUUUUCUCCGGAAUCUUUCGAGCCCAUCAUGGGAAAGGCUUAGACAUUUGUGACGGGGUGUAAGAUUGGCAGUAUAAGACUGAGCCAUCAGUAAAUAAAAAUGUGCAUAAAUCAAAA